AUGUCGUGCGAGGAAAGCUACUUGGCCAUCAUACGCUAUCUGACUGACGAGCGGGAGCCGUACGCGCCGGGGACUCAUGGAAACACCAAGAGGAAAAUCCGCAAAGCAGCCGCCUGCUACGUGGUGAGAAACGGGACUUUGUUUUACCAGCGCCGGCUGAAGGGGCAGAAUGACUUCACGGAGCUGGAGGUGGUGCUGCAGGAUGGACGGAGGAAGGAACUUAUCAACCAGGCGCACAUCACCGAGGGGGGAGAGCACCUCAACCAGCAGCUCACCUGGGAGGCUAUCUCUCAGAAGUACUGGUGGAGAGGCAUCCUGAAGCAUGUGAAAGACCACAUCAGAGAGUGUGCUCAGUGUCAGAGCAGGCGAACUGUAGAUGACGGCUCCGGGCCUCGGCUCGUGGCGCGGCCAGGGAGACGCAAGGUGGUUGUCCAGAUGAAUGAGGAAGAGGAUGAGGAGGAGGAGGAGGAGGAAGGGGACGAGGAGCUGUACUUCACUGACGCAUCUGGCCAGCCUAGAUCCAAGGUGGCCAAGUCAGUGGCCAAGCAUGAGUUGGUCUUUGUGGAUAGCAAGGGCGAGGUGAAUCAGUACCUGUCCAAACACAGCCAGACAAUGUUGAACAAACUCAACCAGCAGCGACUCAACAAUCAAUUCUGUGACAUAACGCUGCUGAUCGAAGGAGAGGAGCACCGCGCGCACAAAGCUGUGCUGGCAGCCUGCAGUGAAUACUUCAAUGAGCUCUUUGUUGAAAAGGGGGCAGUUUCCACACAUGAGGCUGUGGUGGACCUUUCUGGUUUUACCAAAGCCAGCUUCCUACCUCUGCUGGAUUUUGCAUAUACCUCCACCCUUACUUUCCAUUUCUGUGUAAUGGCAGAUAUUGCCACCCUCGCACGACAUCUGCUAAUGGCAGAGGUGCUGCAGAUCUGUGAGUCUGUGCAUAAACAGGUGGAGGAGCAGAAGCUCACAGUCUACCAAAGGGGAGACAUCCAUACUGUAGUGUCAACUCAACCAUCUUCUAAUGAAGGCUACACAGAGGACUCUGGCGCUUACAUGGUGACCAUACAGAGUGACGGCCAGGCGGUGGUCACCCACACUGGUGUCACUGUUACAGACAAGCCCUUGACUGUUGUUGCACAUCCCAGAGCGACCUUUAUGCAAGAGUCAAUGACAGUUGUCACCCAAGCUGUGGAGGGAGAAGGAGGCCACGCCCACGCUGGGGAGGCUGGGCAAGGCGAGACUGUGACUCUGGUCACUCACAGCGGACAGGCCGAGCCGGGACAGGCCAUGACCCUCAUCUCCCACAAUGCUGAAGGAACAGAGGGUGAAACCAUGACUGUUGUCACUCACAGCGGCCAGGCUGGAGCCAGUGAAUCCCUGGCUGUGGUUUCAGCGUGCCUAGCAAUGGAGCAGCCACAGGAGGCUGAGGGGCGCCUGGAAGGAGGGGCCUUCAUCAUAAAUGUGGACCCAGACAAAGUGACCCCCUCAGAGGUGGUCAAAUUGGCAGCUGCUGCGGCCCCUGUGCCACAGGCUGAAGCAACACCACCGCCUAAGGAUGAGACUGCAGAGCCACAGGCGGUGGAGUCAGGACCACCGGAGCCCCCGAUGACACCCCAGAAACGCAGACGAGGGCGCCCAGCCAAGGUGAAGAAGGAGAUAGUGGUGGUAGAGGAGGCCAUGCAGGUGGAGGAGGAGGAGCCACAGGGUGUCAGCACCUCUGCCGAGGAAAGUCAAGAUGACAGACAGGAGAGCGCGACAAACAACCCCAACAAGAGGCGACUCCGACAGCGCUCCAUUGGUGAGGGCGGUUAUGCUCGUCUGCAUAUGGGGCUUGAGGAUGAAGAGGAGGAUAAGAAGGGGCAAACCCCACAGCGUGCCACCACCCCUAAGGUGGGCCCAAGACCUGGGAAAAGGGGGCGGCCACCAAAGCGACCAGCGGAAAAUCAAGCAGAAGAGCAGGCCUGGUCUGAGGCCGGAGCCGAUCCAGAGGCCAAGGCAGCGGAGAGCGGUACGACGGAGGGAGAGCUCAACACAGACGAGGCUGUGACCAAGGAGCUCGUGGCAGAGCCAGAGUCUGAACCCAAGCAGGCUCAAGCGCCACCAGAGAGCACUGUCGAUGGAGAGCACACCUGCUCCGAGUGUGGCAUGUCCUUCCAGAGGCGCUACGCUCUCAUCAUGCACACACUAAAACAUGAGAAAGCUCGUGGCUACAAGUGCAGUCUGUGUAGUAAGGAGUUCCAGUACGCGGCCUCGCUGCGCGCCCACCUGGCCAGACACAAACAGCAGAGCAGCCAGCGGGCUCCGGUCGCCAAGCCCUCAGUAGAGCAGAGCUCCGAGGGCCAGGCCGACGGCGAUUCAGACGACAAGACAGGAGCGCGCACCAAAAGAGAGUUUGUAUGUGACAUCUGUGGGAAGACGUUGCCAAAGCUCUACUCACUCCGAAUCCACAUGCUCAAUCACACGGGUGUGCGGCCUCACUCCUGCAAAGUCUGCGGCAAGACGUUUGCUCACAAGCACAGCCUGAAGAUGCACAGAGCACUCCACGACGUCUCCAAGCAGUUUCAGUGUGAGUUUUGUAACAAAUCCUUCGUCAGCAAGAGGAGUAUGGAGGAGCACACCAGCCUUCAUACAGGUGAAUCAAAAUACCUAUGCAACACAUGUGGAGCGACUUUCCACCGAGCCUCUGCUUUGAGCAAGCACUUGAAGAAACACCUGCCCAAACCUGAUGUCCGUCCCUUUGGUUGUUCUCACUGUGAUAAGAGAUUCUAUGAGGCCAAAGAUCUCCAGCAGCACAUGAACAAGCACAUGGGGUUGAAGCCUUUCCAGUGCCAGGUGUGUGGGAAAUGCUACAGCUGGAAGAAGGACUGGUACUCCCACGUCAAGUCCCACAGCGUGGCUGAGCCUUAUAAGUGUAAUGUGUGCGGCAAAGAGUUCUUCGAGAAGGCACUCUUCAGGAGGCAUGUCAAGAAAGCCACCCAUGGGAAGAAGGGCCGAGUGAAACAGAACCUGGAACGGGAGUGUGAGCACUGCGGCAGGAAGUUCACGCAGCUCCGAGAAUACAGACGCCACAUCAACAAUCACCAGGGAGUGAAGCCCUUUGAAUGUCUGACUUGUGGCGUUGCCUGGGCCGAUGCCCGUUCCCUUAAGCGGCAUGUGCGCACGCACACAGGAGAGCGACCCUACGUGUGCCCCAUGUGCCAAGAGGCCCACAUAGAUGCCCGCACUCUUCGUAAGCACAUGGCGAAGUACCACGGGGAUAACCUGCCCGGGAAGAUCAUGUUGGAGAAGGACACGCUCCAGUUUCACAAUCAGGGCACCCAGGUGGAGCACGCCGUCAGCAUCCUGGCGUCCGACCUGCCCCCUGAGCUGCGCCCCGCCCAGCAGCCGCCCUCGGAGGAGAUCGAGACGGUGCUGAUCACCGAGGAGACGGUGGAGGCCGUGGAGGCGGCGCAGGCCAUUCAGGCUGUGAGCGACGGCUCGGCCACGACGCUCUCGGAUCAGAGCAUCAUGCAGGUCGUGAACUACGUGCUCGCCCAGCAGGCCAUGACCGGGUCCAGGCUCGACGACCCACCUGAGGUGAUUCAGACCAUGGAGGUGGAGGUGGCUCAUGUGGAGGUCGAAUGACAGGAUUCCCACAAAGACUGACGAGUUUGUUACUUCUUGUCUGUACAAACUGCAACAGAAUGUAAAAAGAAACUUAUUUUUCUGGAAAUGUACAUACUGUAAGUGAGGCUUUAGUCGGGUAUUCACCCUCCACUCAGCCCAGUACCUUGUGUUUGUUUGAUUGUGUGUGUAUAUGUGUGUGUGUGUGUGUGUGUGUGUGUGUGUAUGCACAUGCAUAUUUGUACUUCCUGUGUAAAUAGCCAAAUAUAACUAUGAAUUGCUGCAUUCAUAAAUCUACCACAGUUGAAGCUCAGGAGACGUAAAGGUAGAGAUAAUAAUUAAGACACAACCUUUACUUGGGUUGUUUUUUUUUUUUUUUUUUUUCUUGAUCUGUCACUGCCUUAGUUGUUUUGAUGGUGACAGACCUAAGCUGUGAGGCUUCACUGUAGCAAACAUUUGAUCCUCCUGGCUGUUCUGGCUAUGGCUAUUUCCCUCUUGUGUGAGCUUGAAGGAUAACAAAUAAAAACAAAACGUAUA